ACCGCCUGGAAGUGACAGUUCUGCGAAUGAGGUUAUUGUUUUGACAAGAAAAAGCAAACCAUGCAAAUUUGAAAAGGUUGUCGUACAAAAAGUUUUAUUUGUCCAUAUUAUGAUAUGAUUCUGUUAAUAGUAUCGUCAUGUUUAAGCUUCCUAAGUGUUCACUCAUUUUGGGUGGGAUCUCAGGUUCUGAAGCUGGUAAACAGGCCCACACGUAAAGAAAAGGAUCUGCUUUCGAAGAAGCGUGAUCUGAAGCAAGAACAGAUUUUAAUUAGUAUGUCAGACAAUUUUGUUAAGUAUUCCAAAAUACAGAGGAAGAUCAAUGCAAUAGAUGGAGAACUUGCAACUACUCAAGAGCACAAAAAUAACUGGUCGUUGAAAUUUGGACUCACGUAUGGUGCAAGAAUUAUAUUUGGAAUCACUUUAGUUAUAUUAUCAAUAUAUUAUAGACUUAGUCCAGUAUUUGUUGUUGAUAAGAGCUUAGAUCUUGCUCCAUUUACCUACAUUAUUUCAUAUCCUAAUGAGAACAAUGCUGUAACAUUUCAUUUUUGGGUUCUAUGUUGUACAGCAGUUGCUAAGUUGAUCAAACUUUAGAGAAUAAAAUAUUUAUUUUUUUUUACACCCAGCAUUCUGUUCUUUUUCAUUGUCACAGUCAAGGGAAGGGGUCCCAGCAUUCAGCCCAGUACAGGGUAACUUCAAAUUAUAACUAUGUAUUACUUAUUAUUUGUUUUGGCAGCACAAAUGUUGAGUGUUUUGGUUUUGGCGGUUGUAGAAAAAUCGUUUUAGAUAGUGCUACCAUGUGUAUAUAAUUUACGAUGUAAUUCACCAAUAUCGCCGAGUUCA